AGAGCAUAAGAGUCGAGUCCAUAUAUACGCACUGUCUGACACGGGCUCCGCAUGCAAUGUUGGCUGUUCUGGAAGGAAAGAUAGCGUCCCUGCCGAGGAACGACGCCAUGGGUACCCUUGGAGGAAGCAACGCGGAUUUCGUUGUAGAACGGACGCACAUCGAUGGCCUGCAAGAAAUAUACGGCGAAGAAGAGAGCUUCCUCUUCACGUCGGAGUCUGUCGGGGAAGGACAUCCUGAUAAGAUGUGCGACCUUAUCAGCGACGCUGUACUCGAUGCAUACUUGGAACGCGAUCCUAACGCCAAAGUAGCCUGUGAGUCUGUCGCCAAGACUGGAAUGAUUUUACUUGCCGGAGAAAUUUCAUCGGAUGUGCACAUUGACUACCAGAGAGUCGUUCGAGACCAGAUUAAGCACAUCGGAUACGACGACUCCUCGAAAGGCUUCGACUACAAGACGUGCAAUGUGGUGGUUACCAUCGAGCAGCAGACGCAAGAAAUCGCAAGAGGUGUUCACCACAACAGACACGAAGAUAACGUUGGCGCCGGGGAUCAGGGUAUAAUGUUUGGUUACGCCACGGACGAAACGGAGGAGUGCAUGCCUCUCACUGUGGUGCUGGCUCACAAGCUUAACCAACGACUGGCCGAGCUUCGAAGGAACGGCACAUUCUGGUGGGGAAGACCAGACACCAAAUCCCAGGUGACGUGCGAGUAUAUUUUCCGAAACGGAGCCACCUUUCCCAAGAGGGUUCAUACCAUCGUCGUCUCCACACAACAUUCACACGAAAUCGAACUGGAAGUGUUGAAGGAACAAGUCAUGGAACAUGUCGUCAAGGCUGUCGUGCCUGCGAGGUAUCUGGACGACCAGACCGUCUUCCACAUCAAUCCCUGCGGUAGCUUCACAGAAGGAGGGCCAAUGGGCGACGCUGGCCUCACUGGUCGAAAGAUCAUAGUGGACACUUACGGCGGCUGGGGUGCCCAUGGUGGUGGUGCUUUCUCAGGAAAGGAUCCGACAAAAGUUGACAGAUCCGCUGCCUAUGCAGCCAGAUGGGUUGCCAAAUCCCUGGUCGUAGCUGGACUCUGCAAGCGCUGCCUGGUGCAGCUGUCCUAUGCAAUUGGUAUUGCUGAACCAGUGUCCAUAUCCGUGUUCACGUAUGGCACCGGAAAGAAGACUCCAAGUGAGCUGCUGAAGAUCGUCAAAGACAACUUUGACCUGAGGCCUGGAAUGAUCAUAAAGGAACUUGGCUUGAAGACCCCCAUCUACAAGAAGACGUCGGCCUACGGUCACUUCGGCCGCUCUGAGUUCACCUGGGAACAUCCUAAAAAACUGAUAUUUUAAGUUUCCUAAAGGCUCUCGCUCGUCGCUUAUUUGCGGUGCUUCAUGAUCAUGGCACCUGCAAAGGGAAUCGUCUUGUGACGCUAUUGGGUGGCGUUUUGAUGCCACUGUCGGACAUGCUUGACGUCUUAACAAUGUGGGGUCUUAGUGGAUCGGAAGCACUCUAUACGUAAGUAACACGAUAAAGGAAACUGUCAAACCAAAGAUCAGCAACGUAAUAGAGAGUUUGUGCACUGUACGCUAUCGCCUUUGCACAACGUAAAGGAUAGCGAUGGGGCUUCUGCGCAUGCGCAAAACACAAAGAGAGCUUCGUGCAUUGCGCACGAUAGCGUACGAUAUACUAAAACUCUCUAAUGUCAGUCACUUCGGAAUAAGUCGGUUAGCGAUCGGAACGGUUAUCGUGAGCGAAUUCCGAUGGACUGAGACUCCCUAUUAUCUACUUAUUCCAUUUUUAUAUAUUUAUUACCUCUACCCACGAAUGUUGUCUUCAACUGCUAAUCAUCUUUUCAACUGCCGAUGCAGAAUCAUAAUCGGUUUCGAUAAAUCACGGAGAAAUGGUAUAGACUAAAAAAAAAAAAAAAAACUACCCACUGCCUUUGUGUCCAGAAAGGAGGCUCCUGCGCAUGACGUCACGCACUGCCUUUGAGCCACGUGACAUGGGAAAAUAUGGGAACGCGUCACAGGCGUUCUGCGGACCGAACGAAGCAGCAGCGCGAGGCAACAACUCACGACAUGCCCUCCAACUGUGACUACAUAUGCUUUCCCAUGUCACGUGACCAAACGUGACGUCACCGCACAAGCCUUUCCAAGCGCGUUAGUUCUUAAAGGUUAUUGGGAUCGAUCAAUUUGUUUAUGUCAGCCUGUAAAAACUUGUCUAUGUGGGGUUUUAUGAUAGGCACGAUGGUUGGGGGGGGGGGGGGGGGAUCGAGAACACGCAGCAUAAUAGCGAGUUUCAGUACAUCGUAAGCUAUCACCUUUGCGUACGUAAUGGAUAGCGUCGUGGCUCUGCGCAAUGCGCGAAGCUCUCGUUAUGUCUUGCGCAUGCGCAGAACGCUAUCCCUUACGUACGCAAAGGCGAUAGCGAACGAUGUACUAAAACUCAGUAUUGUUACAGUACUGGUAAGCGAGAUGUGCGUUUGACAAGCGUUAUCUUGUACAAUACAUGUAACGUGCAAAUGAAACGACGGAAUACAGGUGAUAUUUUCGGGAACCGUUCUCCGACAUGUACUGUCGCUUUCUUACCGAUUUGGCAACGUUUAAGGACGAGUGUUUUGUAUUUUGUUGAAUAAACUCUAUCAUAACAUUUCA